AUGAAGAAUAAAGUGUCUGGCGUUAAAGGCAGCAUACCGAAAUCUGGGAUGGUACGGAUUUUAGGUGGAGUAUCCGUAUACGGAAUCGUAGAUUAUGGAGACCUGGGGAAGAAAAUAGGGUUGCGAAUAAACAGAAAGAAGUCACAGUUUUUGAAGAACGCCUACUGCGAGGACGGAGGAGUACAACUUGAAGGUUCCCAAAUUGUGGAAGCUUCGUCAUUCGUAUACCUCGGACGUUCUAUGAACAUGGAAAACGGCUUGAAGGAAGAACUGAAUGGAAGAAUGCGAGCAGCAUGGGCAGCAUUCGCAGCCGUCAGGGAAGCUACGGACUGA